GGCUGCUUACACUGGUAGAUCCCUGAGUUAACUUCUCCUUCUCUGCUCACUCUCUUUCGCCUUCUCUGAGGUCUCAUCCCCCGCCCCACUACCACCACCUCCCUUCUGUCUCUCCUCUCACCACCCGCUCGCUGCUCCACCCUCUGGCCCCAUAGUCAGCCUGUCCGCUGCCACCAAGGAGAACCCGGACAGAGCAGCGAGGAGGUAGCAGCCGGGAGCUGGGGCUCUCCCCACUGCCCAUCCCUGGCCGCUAGCUCGGAACCACAACCACUUGAGCCUGGUACCUUGUCUUCGUUGCCUUCAGGGCACACAACUGCUGAGAGGGAUAACAGAAGUGAAAGAGCUUUUGACUCCUUGGAAGGCUGAGAAAUAAAGGUCAAGGGCAGCCCAAGUGCCCAGUUUCUCUCUCUCUUCACAAGGCACCACCUGCGACAGAGAUGAGAAAUUCUGAUGAACAGCCAAGUGGAGGAACCACAGUAUUGCAGCGUUUGCUACAAGAGCAACUGCGCUAUGGCAAUCCUAGUGAGAAUCGCAAUCUGCUUGCCAUACACCAGCAAGCCACAGGGAACGCCCCUCAUUUCUCCACUGGCAAUGGGAACCAAAGCCCUCAGAAUGAUGUGUUGAGUCCCCAAGACCAUCACCAACAGCUUGUGGCACACCCUGCUCGACAGGAACCCCAGGGCCAGGAAAUCCAAUCAGAAAAUCUUAUCAUGGAGAAACAGCUGUCCUCUAGAAUGCAGAAUAAUGAAGAACUCCCGACCUAUGAAGAAGCCAAGGUGCAGUCUCAGUAUUUUCGUGGCCAACAGCAUGCCAGUGUUGGAGCUGCCUUCUAUGUCACUGGGGUCACUAACCAGAAGAUGAGGACCGAAGGACGCCCAUCUGUUCAGCGGCUCAAUCCUGGAAAGAUGCAUCAGGAUGAAGGACUAAGAGACCUUAAGCAAGGGCAUGUCCGCUCCCUGAGUGAACGCUUAAUGCAGAUGUCACUAGCCACCAGUGGAGUUAAAGCCCAUCCUCCUGUUACCAGCACUCCCCUCUCCCCACCACAACCCAAUGACCUCUACAAGAAUCCUACAAGUGCCAGUGAAUUCUACAAGUCCCAAGGGCUACCUCCCAACCAGCAUAGCCUGAAGGGCAUGGAACACCGUGGGCCCCCACCAGAGUAUCCUUUCAAGGGCAUGCCAUCCCAGUCUGUAGUGUGCAAGCCCCAAGAGCCAGGGCACUUCUAUAGUGAGCACCGCCUGAACCAGCCAGGGAGAACAGAGGGGCAACUGAUGAGGUAUCAGCACCCCCCUGAGUAUGGGGCAGCCAGGCCAACACAGGACAUCUCGUUGUCAUUGUCAGCCAGGAACUCUCAGCCUCACAGCCCUACUUCUUCUCUGACAUCUGGGAGUUCCUUGCCCUUGCUGCAGUCUCCUCCAUCUACUAGAUUGUCUCCUGCCCAACACCCCUUGGUUCCAAACCAAGGUGACCACUCAGCUCACCUACCUAGGUCACAGCAGCAUUUUCUUUCUAGUCAGGCUCACCAGGGGGAUCAUUACCGUCUCUCCCAGCCAGGCCUGACUUCAGCACAGCAGCAGCAACAGCCAGGAGAAGCCUACUCAGCCAUGCCUCGGGCUCAGCAGUCUGCUUCCUAUCAGCCUAUGCCAGCUGACCCUUUUGCCAUUGUCUCACGAGCUCAGCAGAUGGUUGAGAUCCUCUCAGAUGAAAACCGGAACUUAAGGCAGGAGUUGGAAGGAUGCUAUGAGAAGGUGGCAAGACUGCAGAAGGUGGAGACAGAAAUCCAGCGUGUCUCGGAGGCAUAUGAGAACCUUGUGAAGUCUUCCUCUAAAAGAGAAGCUCUGGAGAAAGCCAUGAGGAAUAAGCUGGAAGGCGAGAUUCGGAGAAUGCAUGACUUCAAUAGGGAUCUGAGAGAACGUCUAGAGACUGCCAACAAGCAGCUUGCAGAAAAAGAGUAUGAGGGAUCAGAGGACACAAGGAAAACCAUUUCUCAACUCUUUGCAAAAAAUAAAGAAAGCCUGCGGGAGAAGGAGAAGCUGGAGGUGGAACUGGCCACUGCCCGUUCUACAAAUGAGGACCAAAGACGGCACAUUGAAAUCCGAGACCAGGCACUGAGUAAUGCCCAGGCCAAGGUGGUGAAGCUGGAAGAAGAGCUGAAAAAGAAGCAAGUGUACGUAGACAAGGUGGAGAAAAUGCAACAGGCCCUCGUGCAGCUCCAGGCAGCAUGUGAGAAACGGGAGCAGCUGGAGCACCGGCUUCGGACACGACUGGAGAGGGAACUGGAAGCCCUUCGUAUUCAGCAGCGCCAAGGCAGCUCUCAGCCCACCAAUGUUUCUGAAUACAAUGCUGCUGCGCUGAUGGAGCUCCUUCGGGAAAAGGAGGAGAGGAUUCUAGCCCUGGAAGCUGAUAUGACUAAGUGGGAGCAGAAGUACUUGGAGGAGAACGUGAUGAGACAUUUUGCUCUGGAUGCUGCUGCAACUGUGGCUGCUCAGAGGGAUACAACAGUCAUCAGCCACUCUCCUAACACCAGCUAUGACACAGCUCUAGAAGCUCGUAUCCAGAAGGAGGAAGAAGAAAUCUUGAUGGCCAACAAGCGUUGCCUGGAUAUGGAGGGCAGGAUUAAGACUCUCCAUGCCCAGAUUAUUGAGAAAGAUGCCAUGAUCAAAGUACUCCAGCAGCGCUCCCGGAAGGAACAGAGUAAGACAGAGCAGCUAUCAUCCAUGCGGCCAGCAAAGUCCCUGAUGUCCAUUUCAAAUGCUGGAUCAGGCUUGCUUUCCCACUCAUCCACCUUGACUGGUACCCCCAUCAUGGAGGAGAAGCGAGAUGACAAGAAUUGGAAGGGGAGCCUAGGUAUUCUCCUGGGUGGAGACUAUCGUGCUGAGUCUAUCCCAUCCACACCCUCGCCGGUGCCCCCCUCCACUCCUCUGCUGUCAGCUCACUCCAAGACUGGCAGCCGAGACUGCAGCACCCAAACCGAACGUGGAACGGAACCGAACAAAACUGCAACUGUCGCUCCCAUCUCUGUUCCUGCUCCAGUUGCCGCUGUUGCCACUGCUGCCACCAUCACUGCCACUGCUACCACCAACACUGCCACUGCUGCCACCAACACCACCAUCAUGGUAGCUGCUGCUCCAGUUGCUGUUGCUGCUACUGCUCCAGCUGUUGCUGCUGCUGCUGCUGCUGCUGCUGUUGCCCCAUCUCCAGCAACUGCUCCUGUUCUUGCUGCUGUUUCUCCAGCUGCUGCUACUCAGCUUCCAGUUGCUGUAUCUGCUGUUGCUCCUGUUCCUGCUCCUGCUCCUGCUUCUGCUUCUGCUGCUUUUGCUGCUGCUCAGGUUGCUCCAGCUGCUCCGGCUCCGGUUCCAGCUCCAGUUCCGGUUCCAGCACCAGCAGUGGCUCAGGCUUCUGCUCCGGGUCAGACUCAGGCACCAACUCCAGCUCCGGCUAUGGCUGCUAAUCCAGCUCCAGCUCCAGCUCCAGCUCUGGCUCAGGUUGAGGCUCCUGCAAGUCCAGCCACCAGUUCUGGAUCACAUCGUCUGUCUACAUCAAAUUUGACCUACAGUCCAGACAAGACAGAUGGCCUGGUUUUCCACUCCAGUACUCUGGAAAGGAAAGCUCCCAUUCAGAUCCUGGGACAAGAGCCUGAUGCAGAGAUGGUGGAGUAUCUCAUCUAAAUCAAGAGCUGCAGUUUAUCCGAAAAAAUGCUUUUAAUCAUUUUCCCUUUUGGUUGUUCAUAUUCUGAGGGUGGAGAUAAGGGUUGGGGGAGGGGAUUUUUUAAAGGGUCAUCUUUUUGGAACAAUUUAAGGUUUGCCAUGUGAAUUCCAACCAAAUAUAUUCUGGUAUACUUAAGGAGUACUUCUAAAAGGCAGAUUAAUCAAUCAGAAUGUGCUCUAAGGUUUAUUGUUGGGAUGUUUAUGAGUACUAGGACUGUUCACAGGUAGAUGAUACACGUGGAUGUUUGGGAUGUGCUUAAAUUUGUUUAAACUUUCCAUAUUCCAGAACUUGUUUUUUAUUGAAGAGCACAGUAUGUGUGGAAGACAGUAUGUAACAUGUAGUUCAGAAGUGAGAAGCCAGAGAAUUUGAGUUUUACUGCUUUGUCUGGUGACUACACAACAGCCACAGAAAGCUCAUGCCUCUAGCUCAUGAAAGGGAAUUUUCUUAUGAGAUAUAUAAGGUGGAGAAAAGGUAGGGAGUAUUGGGGUACUGGUGCUAAUCUUUCCUCCCAGUUGCCAGCUACCUUGCCCUAUCAGAUAGUUUAUCUUCAUUUCAAUGGUGCUUUGGAAAUGGAUUCUUUUUUUCCAUCCUGGAGGUUCAGACAUAUAUACACACACACACACACACACACACACUCUGGAGUAAUUUAUACAUUUGGAUAAUUAAUAUAUUGCUAUAUUGCUUUCAGAUGCUAGAGAAAGUAAAUGAACUGGUUGAUGCACAACUUCUCUCACAAGGAGUUAGACACAAGAGAACUUGAUACAGUAUUGUGUGAGAAGUUGCAUGAAGACUUUUGUGGUUUGGGUGUAGCCAUGAGCAUAGCUUGCUUACUUUUUAUAAGAUCUGUUUAGUAUGUGUUUCCUCCAUAACUCAGAUUCAUUGGCUAGGUCACCACCAGUCUCCAAUAGCCAGUCAUUUACAGAAUGAGGAAGCAUUUUGGGGAUGACAGUUUGAAUUCUUUGCAUAUCUGGUGACUACUUUCUAAUAACUAGGUUUGUUUCUCCAGACUCUUAAUGUAUGUCUUUGAAGGCAUAUGUAUUUGUUACCUCCAAGGGAAUAGCAUCAGAAUCAUAAGUACCAGGCUGCAUUCAGGGGUAGGUUGAUUGUAACCAUCCCGUUAACUACCUCUUCUCACCACCAGUGACUCUAUCUUGGACUCCCUUUGGGAAGUGGUGAGAAAUGUGUAUGUAGGCAGGAAACAAAAGAAGGCUGCAGCAGUAACUGUUGCAAUAAUGCUGCCUCCAAGGACACAGAGGAAUGCCAGUUUUCGCAGGUUCCUGUCCUGAGUUACCUUCUUGAGGUGACAAAUCUGAAGAUAGUGUCAUUAA